UACAAGAUUUGUUGUGGUAUUGCUGUAGCAGGAAGACAGACGAAUUAAAGUUAGCUAGCGCCUUGCCUAUUUUUAAUGUAACUUAUUGCGCAGGUGUUAGAAAAGAUAUCAACACUUUUAUAUACAUUGGCAAUAUUUUAAAAAAUCGUGUGUAAGUGAGACGGACAUGAAAUUGCUGGGAGCUUCCAGCUGGAAGUGUAUGAAUUUCCUAUGAUGCUAUAGUCUGCUAACUUACAGCUAAAGCUAACUCACUCUAAACAGGUGCAGCAUGAAACCCAUAAUAAAGAGGCAGUGUAUUCUCCAUGGACCUAUUGGAUCAUGUCUCUGAUCCUGUUUGCCUUUGUGGUUCGGGUCAGGGAUGGACUCCCCCUAUCAGCCUCCACUGACUUUGAACACAACCGAGAGCUCCAGGAGAGAAAACAGCAGCUCAGGACCAUCAGCAAGACACUGGUCCGCUUCCCCGACAGAGGAACUGUCAAGGGCCAGCAGCUCAACAUACACUUCAUCUCUUCAGAGGGUGUAUCCUACAUGACCGUGUGUCACUGCAGCCUCCCUGUUGCUAAGGCCUUCUGCUUCCUGGAAGAUCUGCGCUGGGAGUUCACAGCAUGCUUCAAUAGCACUGUUGUUACCUUGGCAGCCAGGCCAUAUCCAUUUUUGGAAUUUGACAGCACCAUUCAGAAAUUGAAGCAGCAGUACAACCAGAAUGGCGGUCCAGCCCUGGAGGUCACAUUGGCUGAGGUCCAGGAGGAUCUGAAAAUCCACCCACCCCAAGUUAUUCCUUUAGAGGACAUAGAACUUAGCAAUGGCACUGCAAAUGGACAUAUGGAGCAAGGUCCUGGAUCAGGUCAGAAUCUAAGGCUUGAACCAGUGACGGCACCAGGGAUCCUCUCUCUGGUCCUGAAUAUCAUGUGUGCAUCUUUGAAUGUAAUCCGAGGAGUACACUUAAUCGAGUACACGUUCCAGGAUGAUUAUGAAGGUAUAUGGAAUGUCGUGGCUUUUCUCCUGGCAUUUGUCUGCUGUGUGUCUCAGUGCCACCUGUACCUGUUUCAUUCCUCUCUGAAGAAAUUCAAGUCCCUCACUCUGUUGAUUGUGAUUGUCCUAUGCAACUUCUACCUGCUCGGCUUGAGAAACAUGUGGCAGCUGAUUUUCCACAUUUCUGUCGCCUCCCUCUCCACUGCCCUCAUCCUCUCUCGCAAACUCCAAGACAAACCCAAUGACUGUGGGGUCUGAGGGGUCUGGGGAGUAUAGAACAAUGUAUUGGUUUGAAGAUCACUGAGCUGUUUGUGUCCUUGUGUCUUCAGGUUUCAUUCCAGGUAAGAACAACAAGGAGGUAAAUGGCUUGAUACUCCUAAGUUAUGAAGAUGUUUUGUGGAUUUUUAACAACAAAACUUCAUGAAUUUUGUGUCAUCACUGAUAAUUAUCACAAUUUGUAUUUCCUUGUAUACAGUAUGUACUUGCACUUUGUGUACAUUAUUCCCAACACUGUAAAGAGUUCUUUAUGAUUCAUACAAUCUGGUAAACUUUAAAGUAACAUUUCAGACACAGUUAGCUUUAGAGGUGAUGAGAGGAAAUUUCUAUUUUUAAAAUGAAACAUUGAUAGUUUCAGUCUGACAGGCAGGGUGGUGUUUUAUUAAGGCCUGUAAAGAACAAAGACAUUUGAACCAUUUGUCUUUCCUGUCCAAGAAGGUUUUUUAGCGAGUUGCUCACCAAAGUUUUUCAUGUAGAAACAAUUGUCACAGCUAAACUGAACUGAUGAGGUUGGUUCUGCUUGCGAUUUUAUAACUAAGAUGCAUUUCUCUGCACAUUCAUUUCACAUAUUCACUUGUUUUUCGGCUGCCACAGGCCAUUGAUUACCUUUGCAUAUGCAAUGGUUUGUGAUUGUAUGAGACAUUUAAUGUAGUUGUAUUUUAGAGCAGGUAUAUAUGGCUGAUUUACUGCUAAUCAGAAGGCCUGUCGUGUGUGAUUAAUGGAGUGACAUUAAUCAGUGGCUGUCACCAUAUUCAGCUACUUUUACUUGUUCUCCAGUGUUGGACUAUAAGUAAAAUAAUCUCUUACAAAAGUGCAGAUUUGAGGCUUUGGGGUCUUCCAUGCCUUAUGUGUGACAAUGCAGACAGAUUUUAAUUUGUUAACUGUAUUGUUUUACCGUCCACAAGUGCUUAGCUACUCUACAAAGGAUCAAAUGUAAGGGCUCUGAUAUUUAAUGAUUUCAGAGAAAUGCAAUUAUGUCCUGAGGUAAAAUAACUGGCCUUUUGUCUUGUAAGCUGGGAUGUUAACAUUUUUUGUUUUUACUACAUCUUGUGAUUUGAGGCAAAAGAGAUCGACUGUAAUUUAAGCCCUCACAAAGCAAAUUAAUUUCUCUUCAAUGCAUUCUGCAAAUAAGAAUGAAUUAAAUCUCUCAAUUUAAUGUGUUUUAAUGUUGAAAUUAGUUGGUAAAAUAGCAACCUUUGACUGCACUAUUAGAUGGAGAAGUUUUUGUGUUGGGUUUGGAAAAUUUUCUUGAAUGUUUUGCAUAUCAGGGUGAGCUAAAUAAUAUUUAUAUUAUUGAAGGUUUAGGCUUGGCUAUAUUUUUUAUUCAUUCAGUCUUGUUUUUAUACCACACUGUCUGACCUUUACUUCUCUAAUUGCUAGAAACAUAGAAGUCAUUUGUGUUAAAGCAUAGGACAUAUCACUGUAGCGCUGCUAAAUGAAUAAGCUGUUUUUAAGCUAAUUAAUCUUUUUGUUUUAGUAUUUUGUGUAAUUAUAUUUUCUAGGUAAAUAGUUGCACUCAAUGUCUGUUAAGUGAGGAAAAUAAAUUCCUAGUUAUUAGUAUUAAAUAAAUGCCAUUGUGGCUGCAGUGGAAAAAUCCAUCCUUUGCAUUUUAAGAAUCUCUCCUUCUGUCAAGAAUGUUCAAGGAAUUUUAUUGGAAACAUUUGUCAUCUGACAAUCCAAACAAAGUAUGAACAAUUAGCUGAUAAUGUUUAAUUAAUAUGUCUUAAAUUUGUUCUAUUUAAAACAUAUUCAACAGAGCCAUGUGCAGUGCAGAUAGUAAAGUACUAACUUUUCCAUUAAUAUGGUGGUUUCAAAAUUUUACCAUACACUAAGCAUAAUAUUUUGGCUGUUCUACAAUGUUGUAAUAUUUCUUAAUACAAAGAAGGUUUUACUAAACACUAUUUCAACUUAUUUUAGAUUAUAGGAAUCAUUCUGUGGACUUAAUUAAUUGUAAAACAAAUUUUAUUGUGUAAAGGUGAAAAACCAAAUAAAGCUGAUGGAUUUGAAGACGUAAAAAUGAAGUAAAAUUCCAUUCAUUAUGAAGGACUAUGACUAAAUGACAGUAGCAGAAAAUAGUGGUAGGAAUGCACUGGUCAGUUUUUAUCAACAUCUGAAGUCUUAGGUUUACAACAGUGAAUGUUGAUUCAGUGUUUUUGUGGCUGUUUCCUGUUUAUUUAUAAUGAAGGAAUGUGAUGUUACUCUGUCAUUGGUUUCAACUGCCAAAUACACAAGUUAUUACAGGGCUUUAUUUUCCCACUGGGGUAAAACUGACAUUUCAUUAAUAAACACAUUUUUUUUCA